AUGGACCGCGAAGCACGGGAAACUCCCGAAAAAAAGACCGAAGCGGUCGUCGCCCGAGACGUGGAGGAAGUGACUACACACUCCUACCGCCCAAGCAGAUGGCAAAGUAACAUCACCAUUAUCAGUUGUUACAUUGCCAAUUUCAGCGAUGGGUUCCAGAACACCCUCGCCAAUCCCACCAAUGUCAUCUUCAAACAAGUUCUUGGGGAUGGCUAUUCGUCCGAGAUGAAGACUCGCAUCAGUAACGCCGUCAUUGUCGGAGCUAUUCUAGGCGUCGUCGCUCUUGGCUAUACCUCUGAUAUGUUCUCUCGCCGGGCGGGAUUGCUCUUCACAUCCUCCCUGGUCGCCAUCGGCACAUUGAUGGCAGCACUGGCUCUCCAGGUUCAUCCGUCGAGUAACAUGUUGUGGUACUUUGUCGUUGUGCGCGGCAUUGCUGGAUUCGGUGUUGGGGGUGAAUAUCCUCCGAGCGCUGCUGCUGGUAUUGAGGAAACAGACUGGAUCAUGCGAAAGUACAGGGGGCCGAUGUUUGUGUCUUUUACGACUCUAAUGGCGACCCUAGCCGGUCCGAUUCUGAUGAUCAUUUACUUGAUCACGCUCAUCGCCACUGAUAACAAUCUGGUUGUUACGUUCCACGCCAUCUAUUCCAUCGCCAUCUUCCUUCCGGUCUCAAUUAUAGUAUUGAGACUGUUCAUGGUGGACUCUUCGUUGUUCCAUCAUUCUAAUUUCACACGCCAGCGAAAGCCAUUGCGACUAUACCUCGUUCUUGCACGUCGGUAUUGGUGGAGGCUGCUGACGACCUCUCUGGCCUUCUUCUUGUACGACUUCAUCAACUUUCCUAACAGUAUCAUGUCCAGCACGAUCAUUUCCUCCCUGGUCAAAGACCACAAUGUCCGGACAACAGCUAUUUGGCAAGUCAUCCUGGCUGUCCUGCCUGUCCCCGGAGUUGUGGUUGGCGCCUGGCUCACGAACGCAAUUGGACGUCGCUGGACUGGUAUUUUGGGAUUCGCCGGAUAUGUUGUGCUGGGUUUCGUUAUUGGAGGCACGUACUCGAAGCUGUCCGAGAACAUUGCGGCGUUCGUUGUCUUGUAUGGUCUUUUGCAGGCAUUUGGUCAUAUGGGACCUGGCGCUACCAUCGGUCUCAUCUCCACGGAAUCGUUCCCCACAGCUAUGCGCUCCAUGGGAUACGGUGUUGCCACAGCAUUUGGCAGGACCGGCGCUGCGGUGGGUACUCAGUGCUUUACUCCCUUGCAGGACAGCGCAGGCAAUAGCUCCACCUUCUACCUUGCUGGUGGUGUCGCUGUCCUCGGUAUGAUGGUUUACUACUUGUUACCUGAAAGCAGGGACUUGGAUCUGGAGCAAGAAGACAAGGAGCUGCAAGAGUAUCUUCUCCAACAUGGCUUCACGACGGGCGUCAAAGAAUGA